AUGUUGCGUGGACAAAGUGCCGCACUGGAUUGGCACGAGGAAGAGGUGCCGGGUCCGGAUGUAGAGAGCAGGGAGACCUUGCAGGUUCUGGCGAAGAUGACCAAUAACGCCUACUAUGACGGUCCGCAAGAGAAGGGGUGGUAUGACUUGGGUGGAAAUUGGACCCAGAAUGCUCCCAUUGGCUGGGAACCUGACCAAGAUGGCUUUCGUGGUCACAUAUUCGUGACGCCAGAUAACUCCACAGUCGUUCUCUCCAUCAAAGGCACCUCAAUCCCUUACGUUGGUGACGGUGGGCCAACAGUGAAGAAGGAUAAACGGAAUGAUAAUCUGUUGUUUGCGUGCUGUUGUGCUAGGGUCGACUGGACGUGGUCAACGGUGUGUGGUUGCUAUGGCGGAGGAUGGAAAUGUGAUCAGACGUGCGUCGAGGAUGCCCUCAUAGACGAGAGUUUGUUCUAUCCCAGUGGAACUAACCUCUACAACAACCUGACGUAUAUGUACCCGGAUUCGAACAUCUGGAUAAUCGGCCACUCUUUGGGAGGUUCACUUGCUUCUCUUCUUGGUAUGACAUUCGGGACACCCGUGGUGGCCUUCGAGGCACCUGGAGAGAAGAUGGCCGCCGGGCGUCUUCAUUUGCCUGCUCCUCCUUCCACGCAGCACAUUACCCACGUCUACCACAAUGCAGACCCGCUAGCAAUGGGUACGUGUACGGGGACUACUUCUAUGUGCGCGCUCGCCGGAUACGCAAUGGAAAGUCGCUGUCAUGCAGGAAGGGUCAUCGAAUAUGAUACUGUGACGAACCUCUCUUGGACCCCUGAUCUCCGCAAACAUGGCAUUGAGCAGGUCAUCAAUAAUUUACUGGGCAAGCCGUGGGCUCCGGCAGAAGAGGUCGGCAGGGAGGUACCGGAGGCGAAGGACCAGGCAGAUUGUGUUGUGAGUACCUCUCUUUCGAUCGCCCGUAGUUUGUCUGACCAUGCAUUACGAUCGUAUAGGAGUGCUUUAGCUGGGAGUUCGGGGACUUUUUGA